CUCUUUCUCAAUAUAUUCUCUCUAUUUCUCUAAUCGUUUGUUUUUCAUUGUUCUUCUUGAAAUUAUCCCCGAUACAUCCACACAAAGAAAAAAAAAAGCACAAUGGGCAGCAUCCAGACAUGCCUCGACAAGCUCAAUGAGCAACUAAACAUCGACGUCGAUUGGAUGGAUCCAACCUUCAUCCAAAACCUCCCCAUCACCCCCCACGACAUGACAAGCAAUCAGAUCCUAACCCACGCCCGACUCUGCCACCCCGACAACGACAAACUGCUGAACCAAGUCGCGGCGGAAUCCAAAGACCAAGGAUGGUUGGCAAUCUACACGCGCAUGGCCGUCCUCAUGGCCAAAGCCAACAUCAACAACAUCCACGGCCGAGUCCUCCUCCAAACCCUCCCCACAAACGCGUACAACACCGAGGAAACAGUCUCUCAUGCGCGUGCGUACGCGCGCGAGUUUGAGAAUGUGGGCAUCCCCCGCGACCGGUUCUGUAUUAAAGUGCCUGCGACCGGUGCGGGGAUGAAUGCGUGUGCGAUUCUACAGAAGGAGGGGAUUCAAACGCUCGGCACGGCGGUGUUUAGUGUGCAUCAGGCUAUUGCGGCGAGCCAGGCGGGGUGUUUGUAUAUCAGCCCUUAUUAUAAUGAACUUCGGGCUCAUUUCGAUGCGAGUGUGUGGCCCAAGUCCAACGAUCCGGCGCUGUUGCAUCCAAUGUCGUCGCGGUUGAUUCAGAUCCUGGAGACGUAUAAGCGGCUGUAUCGAGAGACGAGCAAGGAGCAGCCGUUGUUGAAAAAUGCCAGCUUUCUAUCAGCCCAAGAAGCCAUGGCAACCGGUGAACUCGGCUGCCACUCAGCAACACUCCCGCAUACCGUGUUGACUGAACUGUCACAACUGCCCUACGAUGCCGCGAAGCAGCCCGGGCAGGGCGUUCCCAAGCCAGCCCAUCCCUACCGUGACGCUGCACCAACCCCCGCUCGACUCGCAAAAAAUGCGCGCUUAGAUCCACUGGUACCCAAUUGGGACGGGAAGUUGGCGAGCAGUGACAUCGACUAUCUUGGAAAUGGAGGCAAGGCGCUGGAUCAGGCGAAUGAGGCAGACCCGGAGACUAAGAAGCGACUUCACGAGGCUCUGGAGGCUUUUAUUGCGGCGGAGAAGGCAAGUCAGGCGAAAAUUGAGGGGGUGAUGAAGGGUUUUUAGGCGGCAUUCAUAUAGAGUAGACUAGAUCAUAGAUCAUAGAGUACUAGAUGGCCUGUGCAAUUGAUGUCUUGCUUGAUAUCAUGAAAAUCAGAAUCCCCUUGUCCUCCUCGAGCUGUCCAAUCUGUUUUUCCGCCUCGGACCCUAACAUCCAGAGCCUGAUUUUAGC